AUGGCUCUGCCGCCCUUCUUCGCCCAGGGCCGCCCGGGCCCGCCGCCCCCCGCUCCCUUCGGCUGCCCGCCCCCGCCGCUGCCCUCCCCGGCUUUCCCGCCGCCUCUCCCGCAGCGGCCCGGCCCCUUCCCGGGCGCCUCCGCCCCCUUCCUCCAGCCCCCGCUGGCCGGGCAGCCCCGAGCGCCCGGGGAAGCCUCCCGCGGCGCCGGCGGCGGCGCCUUCUACCCGGUGCCGCCGCCGCCGCCGCCGCCGCCGCCGCCGCCUCAGUGCCGACCUUUCCCGGGGAUCGACGCCGGCGAGCGCCCGCGGCCGCCGCCUCCCGGCCCGGGGCCGCCCUGGAGCCCGCGCUGGCCUGAGGCGCCGCCGCCCGACGCGCUGGGGGACGCGGCCCUGCAGCGCCUGCGCGACCGGCAGUGGCUGGAGGCGGUGUUCGGGGCCCGGCGGCGGGCGGGCGGCCCGGCGUCCCCGCGCGCGCCGGCCGGGCCCUCUCUGGGCGAGGUGCGCGCGCGGCUGCGCGGGGCCCUGCGCCUGGUGCGGCGGCUGCGGGGCCUGGGCCAGGCGCUGCGCGAGGCGGAGGCGGACGGCGCGGCCUGGGCGCUGCUGCACGCCCAGGCGGCGCCGCUGCGCGCCGAGCUGGCCGAGCGGCUCCAGCCGCUGACCCAGGCCGCCUUCGUGGGCGGGGCGCGGCGGAGGCUGGAGCGGGUCCGGCGCCGCCGCCUGCGGCUCCGCGAGAGGGCCCGGGAGCGCGAGGCCGAGCGGGAGGCGGAGGCCGCGCGAGCCGCGGAGCGCGAGCAGGAGAUUGACCGCUGGAGGGUCAAGUGCGUGCAGGAGGUGGAGGAGAAGAAGCGGGAGCAGGAACUUAAAGCUGCUGCCGACGGGGUCUUGUCUGAAGUGAGGAAAAAACAAGCAGACACCAAAAGAAUGGUGGACAUUCUGCGGGCCUUGGAGAAAUUGAGGAAACUCAGGAAAGAGGCUGCAGCAAGGAAAGGGGUCUGUCCUCCAGCCUCAGCAGAUGAGACUUUUGAGCAUCAUCUUCAGCGACUGAGAAAACUCAUUAAAAAACGCUCUGAACUAUAUGAAGCUGAAGAGAGAGCCCUCAGAGUUAUGUUGGAAGGAGAACAAGAGGAAGAGAGGAAAAGAGAACUAGAAAAGAAACAGAGGAAAGAAAAAGAGAAAUUUUUAUUGCAGAAGCGGGAAAUUGAGUCCAAGUUAUUUGGGGAUCCAGAUGAGUUUCCACUCGCUCACCUCUUGCAGCCUUUCAGACAGUAUUACCUUCAAGCUGAGCUCUCCCUGCCGGCACUCAUCCAAAUAAGGCAUGAUUGGGAUCAAUACCUGGUGCCAUCUGAUCAUCCUGACGGCAGUUCUGUUCCCCAAGGAUGGGUCCUUCCACCGCUCCCCAGCAACGACAUCUGGGCAACUGCCAUUAAGCUGCGUUAG